AAAUAGAGGUGGCAGAGGUGGUGCCUCUCAAAUUUCACAACGAGGGACAGAGAGAGAAGCGUCAGAAAGAGAACAAUAUUCGCAAGGAAAGUUCCCGGUGUUCCGAAAUGCACGCCAAAUCUACCACCAGUAGGCCCGCACAGGAACCCGCUCCUGAAAGAAAAAAGAUGAAGUGCAGAAAAGUCCUCCGUAUCGUCUUCACCACGCUGUUUGCCGUGGCGCUGUUUGCCGGGAUGGUAGCGGUCUACGCCUGGGGGUUCCAGUUCCUCCACAACAACGACCGCUACAUCUCUUUCGGGCUGUACGGAGCCAUCGUCGCCUUGCAUCUCAUCAUACAGAGCAUCUUCGCCUACCUCGAACACCGCGUGAUGAAGCGAGCAGACGACUUUCCUCCCUGCCAGAACAAAUCCGUAGCACUGAUGAUCGCUGCGUAUCAAGAGGACCCGAUCCUCCUACAGAAAUGCCUCGAGUCCAUCAGAGACAUACAGUACGAAAACUUGAAGGUGGUACUCGUCAUAGACGGCAACUCUGACGACGACAUGUACAUGCGUGACCAGUUCGUCGAUGUGUUCGGCGCUGAGAACUCGGACACUUUCGUCUGGAGACACAAUUUUCACGCCAAGGAAAAACUACCAGAGUACGUACCCCAACUACUUCAAGAUGGCACCAAGCAUCUACAGAAAGUCGUGGUUUCUUCCCAGAAAGAUACCGGUGAGCAAACGGUUCAAGACGUCAUCAGGAACAAUAAGUACUCUUGUAUCAUGCAGAAGUGGGGAGGGAAGAGAGAGGUGAUGUACACGGCGUUUAAAGCUCUAGGCAACACCGUAGACUAUAUCCAGGUCUGCGACUCGGACACUAUCCUAGACCCGAAGUGUACGACAGUGAUGGCGCAGGUGUUGGACAAUGACCGCUCUCUUGGCGCCGUGGGGGGAGACGUCCGCAUCUGGAACCAUUCGGACUCUGUCAUCUCCUUCAUGAGCAGUCUGCGCUACUGGAUGGCCUUCAACAUCGAGCGCGCCUGUCAGUCCUACUUCAACGUGGUGAGCUGCAUCAGCGGGCCUCUCGGCUUCUACCGAAACGAUCUCCUCCAGAGCAUCCUCGAGAAAUGGUACAACCAGAAGUUCUUGGGCAAACACUGCACCUUCGGCGACGACCGGCAUCUCACCAACCGGAUCCUUAGCCUCGGCUACGGCACCAAGUACACGGCCCGCUCCUUCUGUUACACCGAGACGCCCGCGCAGUAUCUCCGCUGGCUCAACCAGCAGACCCGCUGGACCAAGUCCUACUUCAGGGAGUGGCUCUACAACGCAAAAUGGUUCCACAAGCAUCAUCUCUGGAUGACCUACGAGUCCAUCAUCACAGGACUUUUCCCGUUCUUCGUGACCAUCACAGUGAUUCGCCUCUUCUACGUGGGCGUUUGGAACAUUGUUCUCAUCCUAGUCACCAUCCAACUGGUAGGACUUGUCAAGUCUAUCUAUGCUUGUAUCCUUCGUAAGAACCCCAUCAUGAUCUUUAUGUCUGUGUACUCAAUGCUCUACAUGACCAGUCUUCUGCCCACAAAAUACUGGGCGAUACUAACCAUCAACAAAAGUGGGUGGGGAACUAGUGGCAGGAAAAAGAUUGUGACAAAUUUCAUCCCCUUGGUCCCUCUUAUUGCAUGGUUUCUGAUUUUAGCUGGAGGCAUUGCCUUCUCUAUCUACAGAGAAGUCCAGAUACAGGUCCCACAAAUCAACCAGUUGAGGCUGACGUACAUAGGGGUGGGGUUAGGUGUUUACUUGUUGUAUUGGCUGUUCAUAGCGCUGUUGUUUAUGGUAAGGAAGUGCAGGGCUAAGACAUUCAAAGAUGGCUACGAUCUUGAAGCUCAGGGUUACGAUAACCAGACGUAUAAGCAGGAUGACGACACUGGUGGUAAGAAGAUACCGCCUCCACUUGACCUCAGUGCCCUGUCUACCCGUCGCCCUACUCUGAUCGCGGCUUCCCCAGAUUACGAGAGUGGCAUUCUAACAGGUGUGCCGCAAUUCGUGUAUCCUGAUCGUCGUCGAUCCAGCCAAAAUAGGCGCACUUCUAUUGAAAGAUGGGGUACAAAAUUAGAGGACAUUGUAGAGCCAAAGUCUCCCAGAUCCCCUAAGGCUAGUUCGCCAACGAAGCUUCCGACUUUAGCCGAGGGUGACAAUCGUCGCCUCUCGUUACUUACCGUGUCCCCGAACUACGAGAAGGGAGUGUUGUCGGGAGUGCCGCAAUUCGUGUACCCCGGUGGUCGUAAAGCUAGUUUGACGAGGAAAGAUUCUCAGGAACAGAGAUGGCACCUCUCCCCACCAGCCAAACCCCUCUCCACGGUUGAUGAAGUUAGCGGGCGGUCCAGCCCUGUGUCUACUGUCCCAGCUUCUGACACAAACAUCCCACCGACCCUUCCUCAGAUGCCCGCGGUCACAAAGGCUAGUUCUCCCGUCAAACUAGACAACAUCCCCGUUACAAAAAUACCGGGUAGACCAAGACUUACACACCCCACCAUUAAACAUGGAGAUGAUUAUGUAGAGCAUGGCUAUAACUUCAGUAAAUUGUCUAAAUAGAAUUUUUCACAACCUCUGAAUACAAGCUAAGUAUAAUAGGCGAAAUUUUUAUAUUUGGUCAAAUGGAGAUGUAGACAAAAAAGAUAUGCAAUAUUGUGUCUAUCAUGUUAACGUUAACGUUAUACCCUACAUGAUCUUUGUUAAAGAUUAGGUGAAGCAGAUUAUUUUGUUAUUUACAAUUGUACAGAUUUUUUAAAUUUAUUUUCUAACAAUCUACCUGACUUUAAAUGUAUUGUGAUAUCUAGUAAAUGUAGAUUUUAACAAAACAAACAGUUGUCAUAAUUCGUCGACAAGUUAAGACUGGAUCCUAUAGAGCGACAUUCUAAUGUAUAUGUUUUGAAGACAGUUUUGUUUUUACACACUAUUGUACAGUAUUUAUUUAAACUAAUUUAUCACAAUGUGCAAAAAGUUUUCAAUUGCACUGUUUUGAAAUCCUGAAUAAAACAUUACAGCUUUA